AUGUCGAAUCAUGAGCAGGAUAAAGCCAACUUGAAAGAUUGCUUACUGAAAGCGCAUCAAUUAGUGGGAGAGAAGGUUGAAAUUAAAGAAGAAGGUUCCAUUGAGGAAACACUUGUACAGCGUCUUGAAAAACUCGAAAUCAAAUUGGAUGACAAAGAGCCUCGGAAAGCAUUUGUGGAUGAGUGCUUGAGAGUGCUGUUGGAGAUACAAACUGCUUUAUUGACUGUUUGUGCAUCUGGAGUGGAUGAAAGCGAUAAAGACUAUUUGGGUGUGCGAGAUUUCAGACUGAUACAUACGCUGCUUCAAGUCGUCAUAUCUUGGGGUUUCUAUCCUUGCUUCUUGCCUGGCGUAGGUGUGCCGUUGUCAAAGAGAGUGAAAUCUGGCUACACAAAUCAUGAGCUACUGUCAAAAGACGAGAAAGACCAACAGGAUCAGCCACACACUGUAUCCACAGAAACAAUAUACUCGCUGCUCCAUUUAGUGACACCGUUGGUCGAUGUCAUUGCCAACAGCGAGAAAGUGCCAAGCAGUAAAAGUUACACCACCGUCGCCUCCAUUCUCAUGUCUCGCCAUUUACCAGACUUAUACGCAGCAUUGUUGGAGUUGGCCUAUGCACCUGCCUCAGCAUUCCAGCAACGAGCAGCCUCGAACGACCCAUCCGCCUCGCAAACAUCCAGUUUACCAAUGACGCCGGGAAACAUGAUACCGCAAAUAAAGAAGCAAGUUGGUUUGAAAAGAGAGGAGAGAGACAAAUGUGCCCGCAUGUUCAUGUGGCUGUUUGAUCGUUCUGAUCUACCUAGAGCAAUGGAAUCGCUCAUGGCAUUGCUGGGCAACUCUCCUCUUCAUCCUGUUCCCAAUUGGCUACGAACAAUAUGUGGUCGCUUUCUGUCUCGCAUCUUGUUGAAGCCGAAUGGCGUAGCCAUUAUACUAGAAUUCACCAUUGGCCAUGUAGAUCAAUUACAAUUGGCCCAAUUAGAAAGCAUUGCAAAGCUGAUAUUAUCAGUUCCACAGCAAAUGACAUCGAUUGAAAGCUACUAUGCGAUCAUUACACCGCAAUUACUGGAGUUGCUCAAAAAAGAACCAUUGACAUCGCCCACAUGCCAAGCAGUGACAUUUAUUAUUGGGCGCAUCAUAGGAAAACAUGCAGAUCUCGCCAAGAUUUACAUUGUGGACAAGAUUGUAGGCCCAUUGCUCUCUGCAUGGAAUACAACAGACUAUGCUACAGUGGAUACUAAUACCAACAUGGAUCGGGUAUCCUUGUCAGAAGAUGCAUUAAGACUGCUACUACAUACACUUCAUCGUGUCAUGAUUGGAGGAGAACCAUCACCAGAUGUCAUUCAAACAUUCCUGUCAUCAUCCAUUGCGCCACUAUACCAUCUAUAUGAGUUUUCAGUGCAGUCCAAAUCAGGGUUACGGGAGACAGUACUUGACUUGCUGUCUACUUACUUUCGAAUCACCACGACAUCGGAUGCCAUCCGUGAACUGAAGCGCAUCCUGUUGGACAAGAUUGAUUUAAGUGGCGCUCGUGUGGCAUAUUUCGCCCCAGGACCUACAGGUGGCGUUGUACUGCGACUAAGAAGUUCGCCUAAAUUGCUUGCUGGUAAUGAAUUGCCCAUUCAUGCAGGCAUUUUGGUCGAAUUCCUCCAAAUGAGCGAUAAUGCUGAUUUGUGUGGUGAUUUCUUUGUGUUCUUGCUGAACGAGUAUUCGUCGCUGCAAGCAAGAAAACAGGACCCCAAAGUUAUUUUAUUAACGCUCCAUCUUAUUAUGGGAAUGUUGGAUACUUUGGGUCCCACUAUCCUGGGUAAGCCAACACAAAUUAUCUCAUUUGCAAACAAUAUCGUACAAGAUCAUGUGGAGAGACUAUUCAAAAAGAACAAACAAGAGAAACCAACAUCUUCCAGCGUGGAUUUCGCAAACAUUGUCAGCCAGCAAGAUUUAGAGGAUAUUGAGGACGCUGCUCAUGAUGAGCAGUUUUCUGUGGAGGACGACUUUGAAUCACUGGUAUUAGCCAUUAAUCUGAUACGUGCUGUUUUGCAUGAAAACGACGAACUAAGCGAUCAAGCUAUUCAACUUUUAAAAGCGUCUGUGGAUCCGUUGAAACAGCUGGAAAAAUAUCCAUUUGAGCUUGUGCAGGAAUCUGUCAAUGAAGUAUUAUUAGCAAUUACAUCAUAUCUGUCUGCACAAAAAAUGUCUGGUAUGAAACAAGCAUCGGGUACAUCAUUAGAAGCAAGCAAGGAAAAGUAUAGAGAAGCCAUGAAAUCGCUGCAGGACGAUCUGCUACCAAUCCGUGCGCACGGCAUGGGUAUGUUGAAGGGAAUGGCCCUGGCAAGAGACCCUUUGGUUUCCUCUGGAGAGGGUCUUGAUCAGCUGUUGGAUAUUUUUGUUCGGCUGGUGCAGGAUGAAGACAGUUAUAUCUACUUGAAUGCAGUCAAGGGUUUAUCAGCCAUGACAGACGCUUAUGGAAAUCAAAUUAUCAAGAAAUUGGGAGACAUUUACAGCGAUGAUAAGCAGAAACUAGACAACAGACUUCGCAUUGGAGAAGCAUUAUUGCAAACCAUUCAACGAUGUGGUGAUGCCUUGGGAAAAUAUGUCAACACGUUGGUGAGACCUCUUGAAACGGUAUUGGCAAGAAGAAACGAAGAUAGCAAUCUUCGCGUAUCAACCUUAUCCCUAUUGAGUAUGGCAUGCCAAACAUGUCCUGUAGCUCUCUCAUCACGAAUGAGUGAAUUAAUAGACUGGGUGCUAAACAUUCUGGAGAUUGAAAAGACACCAGAAGUGAGACGAGCUGCCACUGUUUUAAUUUUAUCUCUAUUUAGAGGUUUAGCAUCUCAAACAUUAUAUGAAUAUCCUGCAGAGAGCCUUAGACGGACAUACCGCACACUGAGAUAUAUUGAGGAAACGGAUCCUGAUGACCUGACACGGUACCAAGCAAGAGUAGCUCUGAGUGAUUUAGAUGCCAUUAUGCGAAAUGAAAUAUUCAAAAACCAGCAACACUCUGUCAAUUUCAAAUAA